AUGUCACAUAACAAGCUCCUACGGCAAAGCGCUGUCAUAGAAUCAGAGCUUGUGGAGCUGAAACUCGAGAACGGCCUAAAGUCCAGAGAGAGGGACAGGUCGCGACCCAAGCCAAAAGCAUCUUCACAAUCCGCGAAUACUGUAAUGAAGUCUGCAUCCCAUUCACCAGUGAAAAAGGAAACCGGGUCACAUUCAUCCACGCCGACUGAAGAAAAACAGGAAGCUGUAGUAGGUGGCGAUGUUACACUCAAGAUGGAGCCAGGAGAGCCCCUCAAGUUGGCACGGACUGCAUCGCAGAAAAUAAAAAAAAGACCCCCGCAUUUGUACAACGAUGCAAAGGAUAGGACUAUGGAAGCACAAAAGCAUUUUGAUAUGCUGCCGGAAUGCACCUACUCAAACAAGUCUAUUGGCUCUACGGAACAUGGCUCUAUGGACUGCGACUGCGAGGAGGAGUGGGAUGGUGUUGCUAAGGUGAACGCAGCCUGUGGGGACAACUCUGACUGCAUCAACCGUGCGACGAAGAUGGAGUGUGUGGGGGAUUGCGGGUGUGGGUCAGAGUGCCAGAACCAACGCUUUCAACAACGACAAUUUGCCCCAGUCACUGUUUUCGAGACUGACAAGAAAGGCUACGGUCUACGGGCUGAUGCUGACAUGGAUCCUGAUGACUUUAUAUACGAGUACAUUGGGGAGGUGAUAGGAGAGACCCAAUUCCGGAAACGCAUGAUCAAUUAUGACGAGGAGGGGAUCAAGCACUUUUACUUUAUGUCUCUCACACAGGGCGAGUUCGUUGAUGCGACAAAGAAAGGUAACCUCGGACGUUUCUGCAACCAUUCGUGCAAUCCUAAUUGCUUUGUGGAUAAAUGGGUGGUGGGGGAGAAGCUCCGUAUGGGGAUUUUCGCGGAACGGAAAAUUAAAGCCGGGGAGGAACUCACAUUUAAUUACAACGUGGAUCGCUAUGGCGCCGAUCCCCAACCAUGUUACUGCGACGAGUCCAACUGCACUGGGUUCAUCGGUGGUAAGACUCAAACAGAGCGCGCAACAAAAUUGUCCCAUACGACAAUCGAGGCGCUUGGCAUUGAUGAUGGAGACGGUUGGGACACGGCCGUGGCCAAGAAGCCUCGGAAAAAGAAAGCUGGAGAGGACGACGAAGAAUAUGUCAACAACGUUCAGCCCAAAUCUCUGGAUGAGCAUGGUGUUACUAAGGUCAUGGCUACCUUGAUGCAGUGCAAGGAGAAAUGGAUCGCCGUCAAGCUUCUCAGCCGUGUACAAGGAGCCGAAGACGAGAAAGUUCGCGCGCGAGUCGUCAAAAUGCACGGAUACCAGAUUCUAGGCUCUAAUCUUGCAUUGUGGAAAGAGGAUGCAAAUGUAGUUUUACAAAUCUUCGAUAUACUGGACAACUUUCCUAGGAUAACGCGCAACAAGAUUGCCGACUCCAAGAUUGAGGCGACGGUGGAGGGACUCAAAGGUAGCCAAAGCGAGAAAGUGGCCUCAAAAGCUGGCUACCUCCUCCGGGAAUGGGCAACUUUGGAAGUCGCUUAUCGUAUUCCACGGAAGAAGCGAGAGAUUGAUACGGCUGCAACACCGGAAAAGCUAAAUCGCUUCGCUCUACGGGGCAGCAGAGACGAUCGCAAAGCUCGAUCAAGAUCUGGCUCUAAGGAAGGAUCUAGAUCAAGUUCCAAAUCUAUUGAGACUCCGAAGGGGCCAUCAGCGCCCAGUGGUCCGAGGAAUAAUUUUCCCCAGCGACAGCCUGGCUUCCAUGCAGCGCCUCGACCGCCAUACCGCCCACGUCAAUUCAACAGCGGCCUACCUGAAGGCUGGUUCGCACACCAGGAUCCGGCUGGCAGAACGUAUUAUUUCAACCUACAAGGUACAACAACCUGGGAAAAGCCAAAAACGGCAGUUGCGGUCCCACCACCGCCAACCAAGCCAAAGUCUGCGAACCAGAAAUUGGAGGACAUAAUCAGCGAGAUUACUAAUGCGAAGGGAAACACGCCAAAGGAAAAGGUGCCACAGUCAACUAUAAUGCAGCCUACAGCAAGCAACAUUAAAGGCGACAUUAGUUCCGGACGAGAAAAGUGGCGGGCUCUCCCUGAGGAGAAACAAAUGAAGCUUUACGAAAACACGAUCUUUCCCCACGUCAAGUACGUUAUGGAUAAGUUCAAAGGUAAACUGCCCAAAGACGACCUUAAAAGAUUCGCGAAAGAGAUCUCGAAAAAGCUCGUUAGCUCGGACUUCAAGAAUAAAAGAGUUGAUGAUCCAACGAAAAUCAAUUCGAAAAGGGAGAAGCAGGUCAGGAGUUACGUGAAGGAAUAUUUCGACAAAGCUGCCAAAAAGCACAAGGAGCGCGAGCAUCGCCGAGCAGAGCGGAAAGUGAAACAGGCGAUUGGGGUCAAGGAGACGACCUCAGCACCUACCGCCGAAAUAAUGACUGUAGAGACCCCCGGUGAAAAUAGCGAUGGUGACGAGGAGAUGAUGGUGUCUGAUAAGGAGGACAAUCCUAAGCAAAACCCGAAAUCGACCACGCCGCUGACGCCUAUGGAUCCCGCUGCAAUUGUGGAAAGUCUGAAAAGGAAAAGGAACGACCCAUGCGAGGCAGACGGCGUGCUGGUGGAUGAUCCUGAGGCUACACCAAAGAAAUUGUUGAAACCAGAGGCUCCUCCGCCCCCUCCGCCCCCGCCUCCAGAGGGGGAGGGAUCCUUCCAGAGCCCGAUCGGACCUCCUUUUGGGGUGACAAAUGGAUACCAUGGGGCGUAUGACUCGCCGAUGUCUCUGGAUCGUGAAGCGGCCUCGGAAGAGCCCCUUACAGGAGAGCAAACGGCGGACGAUGCGCCCCCAUCACCGACCUCGCCUGUGCUAGCGAGCGCCAGGGCGCGGCCCAACGGCGUCCAAGGGAUUGGUGAUGUUUUGUCUGACUCGGUCAUUGAGAACGCAGCGAGCUCGAUGAUGGGUCGGUCACCUACGCACGAACCCUCUACAGACGACUUGGAGCACACUCACGAGCGACGAGCAAUUGAGACUUAA